GUCAGACCAACUCUCGUUGCUUAAAAUCUUGUCAAUAGCAAUGAUACUGUGUUCAGAAGAGCUCGUGGAGAAUCCGGGCUAUUGAAGCGAUAACUCAGGAGAAGGACUCUCGGGCUGUAGUGUCAACGACGACUAUUAACGUACGUUGCUUUAUACUGCCUUUUUUUUUACUCUCUAGUUGUCUUUAGAAUGCGGAGUGUGGCGAAGUUUGCGCUUGCUCUUAUCCCGUUUUUGUACACCCGUGGCUCAUCCACAGAAAAAAUCACUGCCGCGUCGACGACUGCAAGUAGGGCUGAACAGGAACAGCGCGAAGAAGAAUUCGAGCUACAGUUACUACCGGUGACCGACAAGCGUGCGACCGGGGAGCAUGGAGAAUUGCAAAGGAUUCAAAUUGCAGGAAACGAGUGGGAAAGUUUUCAGUUAAAAUUUGAGAGCAAGCGAGAAACUGGAGGAAAAACGACGAGCCGCUGCGUCAC